AUGGAGAGGGCCACGCUGAGCCUGAGGAGCCUCUAUGAUCAACUGAUGCACCUGGCUGAAAUUUUAAGUGAAGGAGAUGAAUACAAGUUUAUUCAGUUGGCAAAGAACUUUGAGGAGUAUCGGAGGAAGCUGCAGAGCACAGAGCAUGAGCUGGGCAGGUACAAAGACCUGCUGAUGAAAACUGAGGCUGAACGUGGUGCCCUGGAGGUGAAGCUGAAACACGCCCGGAAUCAAGUGGACGUGGAGAUCAAACGGAGGCAAAAAGCUGAAACAGACUGUGAGAAGCUGGAGCGGCAAAUCCAGCUGAUCCGGGAGCUGCUCAUGUGUGAUUCCUCUGGGAGCAUCCAGCUCAGUGAGGAGCAGAAAUCAGCCCUGGCCUUUCUCAACAGGCCUCAGGCUUCUCUUGGGGGUUCAGGCAACAAAAGGCUGUCUACAAUAGAUGAAUCUGGCUCAAUUCUGUCAGACAUCAGCUUUGACGUGACUGAUGAGUCACUGGACUGGGACUCCUCUGUGGUGAAAGCUGUCAGGCUGAAAAGGAGACAGAAGCGGCGCUCUUCCAGGCAGUUCACUGAAGGUCCAUCAGGUCCCCAGAAGAAAAUCCGAUCCAUUGGCUCCACAGCAGACCAGGCAAAUGAAUCCAUAGUAGCAAAGACAACUCUGAUGGUCCCCAAUGAUGGGGGCCCAAUUGAAGCCAUCUCUACCAUCCAGACUGUGCCCUCGAGAAGCCGGAGGAAGAGUGGUCCUUUGCAGCCUUGGAGCAGCGAGUCAAGCAUUGGCAGCAAGCAGCUGGGGCCCAAACUGGAGAGUGAUGGCUCCAGCACCCCACAGAGCAAUGCAGGAGUGAGGCUGCAUGACUUUGUUUCCAAGACGGUUAUCAAGCCAGAAUCGUGUGUUCCAUGUGGCAAAAGAGUGAAAUUUGGGAAAAUCUCCCUGAAGUGCAGGGACUGCCGCGUGGUGGCUCAUCCGGAGUGCCGGGAGCGCUGCCCCCUGCCCUGCAUCCCCACCUUGGCAGGCACUCCUGUCAGGAUUGGAGAGGGUACUUUGAUGGACUUUGUCCCUUCUACUCCUCCAAUGAUCCCUUCCAUCAUAGUGCACUGUGUUAAUGAGAUUGAGCAGCGAGGGCUGCAUGAGACUGGCCUGUACCGCAUCUCUGGCUGUGACAAGACAGUGAGGGAGCUGAAAGAGAAGUUCCUUAGAUCAAAAAACAUGCCCUUGCUCAGUAAAGUGGAUGAUAUCCAUGCUAUCUGUGGCCUUCUGAAGGACUUCCUGCGCAGCCUGAAGGAACCUCUGCUCACGUUCCGGUUAAACAAGACUUUUAUGGAAGCUGCAGAAAUCUCAGAUGAGGACAACAGCAUUGCUGCUAUGUACCAAGCAGUUGGAGAGCUCCCUCAGGCCAACAGGGACACCCUGGCUUUCCUCAUGGUUCACCUCCAGAGGGUGGCUCAGAGCCCAGACACUAAGAUGGACAUUCCCAACUUGGCCAAAGUCUUUGGCCCCACAAUAGUUGCCCACGCGGUGUCUGAUCCUGACCCAGUGACUCUCCUGCAGGACACUAAGAGGCAGCCCAAGGUUGUGGAGAGACUGCUGCUGCUGCCCAUGGACUACUGGAGCCAGCAGAUAAUGGUGGAGCAAGAAAACAUUGACCCAGCCCAUGUCAUUGAGAACAGCAAUGCCUACUUCACUCCCCAGACACCAGAUGGCAAAGUGAGCAUGCUUGGACCCCUCACCACUCCAGAGCGGCAGCUCUCCAAGACACCAUCCUCCAGCUCCCUGUCCCAGAGGGUCAGGUCGACCUUCACCCCCAAAUUUGGGAGCAAAAGCAAGCUUGGGCAUCAGGGCACCUUCUUUGCCUCUCCUGUGCUGAAGUGA